CCCCGUCUGGCUAAUAUUUUCACACAUUUUAUUCAAAGACACUCAGCUAGUACAGCUACACGCACUCGUAUUUAUUUAAUACAUUAACUCUUGGGUAUUUUCGUAAACUGAAAAGUGCAAAACGGGUGAGUCGAUUAGUUUACAUUCUUCAGUGAGAUAGUUGUUGCAGGCACGUGAAGCUAACGUGAAAAAGCGGUAGACACGUUUAGCUGAAAAUGUGUGUGACCGCUUUGCUUUAGUUCUGUUGAAAUGUGUGGGAGGACGGCUUGCACUCUCGCUCCUGACGAGGUGAGACGAGCCUGCUCCUAUCGGAACCGGGGCGGUCAGUGGAGGCAGCCCCGCUGGAGGGAUUCAGACGCGGAGAAAUACCGGCCCUCCUACAACAAGAGCCCUCAGUCCAUGAGUCCGGUUCUGCUGUCCCAGAGACACUUCGACAAGAAUGCUCCUGUAGAUGAGUGUGUUUUGGCGUCCAUGCGUUGGGGUCUGAUACCUGCAUGGUUCAGGGAAAAUGACCCAAACAAGAUGCAGUACAGCACCAGUAAUUGCCGUAGUGAGAACAUUUUGGAAAAGAAAUCCUACAAGGAUCCCCUGCUGAAAGGACAGCGCUGUGUCAUCCUGGCUGAUGGGUUUUAUGAGUGGCAAAGGAGAGAAAAAGAGAAGCAGCCCUUUUUCAUCUACUUCCCUCAGACUAAGGAAACCAGCCAGAAGCAAAACGAGGAUCAGGAUGACAUCUUGGCUCCAGUUUGCAAUAAAGAUAUUUCAGAAUCUGUACACCCUCAGGCAGAGGCCUCCCCUGGUGUGUGUGAGGAAAGAGAGGCCCCAGCAGAGUGGACGGGUUGGAGGUUGCUGACUAUGGCCGGGCUGUUUGACUGCUGGACACCACCAGCAGGCGGAGAGCCUCUCUACUCCUACACCAUCCUCACUGUGGAUGCUUCCCCAAACUUAGAAAAUAUCCAUGACAGGAUGCCAGCAAUCCUGGAUGGGGCAGAAGAAGUGAGAAGGUGGCUCGAUUUCGGGGAGGUGAAAUCUCUAGAUGCUUUGAAACUGCUUCAGUCUAAAAACAUUUUGACCUUUCACCCCGUGUCCACUCUCGUCAACAACUCGCGGAACAACUCCCCGGAGUGCCUCCAGCCAGUGGAUCUCAGCAGCAAAAAGGAGCCCAAACCCACAGCGAGCAGUAGGAUGAUGAAGAACUGGCUGCUGAGCGGCGACUCUUUAAAGAGGAAAGAGUUCUGUUCACCUGAGAGCAAAGAAGAGCAAAAAGAGAAGGCAGCGCCUCAACACAAGCCAGUGGGAUCACUGCAGCUGUGGCUUCAGGGAGAAAAGAAGCCAAGAACCAAGUGAAAAUUACAAACCGAUGCCAAAACGUUUAGGAGAGGUAAUUUAGGUCUCAUUUUUUUAUGAAAUUGUUUUCAUUUUAGCUAGAAUAUUUGUAUGUUUACAUGUUUUUAAAACUUGCACUGUAAGUAAAUGUUUUCAAUUUUGAGAAAAGUUGUUCAAUAAACACCUUAAAAGUCA